AUGGCCGCUUCCAAGAAGAAGACCACUCCUGUCAGGUCAUCAAGAAAGCAUGUCAGGCUAGAGAUUUCAAAUUCAACCUCGUACAGAUACCGAGACUUGUUUAGGCUUACUGGUUCCGUCGCUGGUGUCGUCCUCCUGCCGACUCUGUUCUUCACGUUAUGGGCUACUCUAUGGGUCGUGUUAUACAUGGAAGCCCAAUGGAAAUGGAUUGCCAUCUCACCGCAAUUGAUUACAGUAUUGGGUGUCACGCUCGGCCUCCUACUUGUCUUUAGAACAAACACUGCUUAUGAUCGUUAUUGGGAAGGAAGAAGGUUAUGGGGGACGUAUUUAACUCAAUCUCGUAAUUUGGCAAGAUACUUUUGGGUCUCUGUGGUGUCAAAAGGUGAUAAUCCAUUACGAGACUUGGAAGAGAAGAAGGGAGCUAUAAAUCUCAUCUUGGCCUUCCUUUAUGCUUCGAAGCAUUACUUGAGAGCUGAGGAUUCAUUCGACUAUCCUGACACGUAUCCAUACUUGUCUCAUCUCGCUGACUUUAAAGACGAGAACGACCCACCCGAAAUUCGAAACUUGCCAAUCUAUAUAUUGACGCAUCUUGCUGCUUAUGUGGCAAAGAUGAGAGCUCAAGAUAAACUGGAUGUCGGAACACAAGGACAAUGCAUGACAUCUCUGGCGGCAUUGACGGAUUCUCUGUCUGCGCUUGAACGUAUCCGUUCCUCUCCCAUUCCGUUGGCAUACUCGAUACACCUCAAACAUUGCUUGUUUGUGUAUUUGUUGGGAAUACCCUUCCAGGUUGUCAACGGCACAUACUACUUUGCUAUUCCUAUUGCUGCAAUCGCCAGUUUCACUUUGAUUGGUAUUGAAUCUAUCGGUUGCGAAAUAGAGAAUCCUUUUGGAACGGAUGCGAAUGACUUGCCUAUCGAAGACUUUUGUGACUCAAUGAGACAUGAGAUUGCUAGACUUAUCCGUCGAAAAGCAACAUUCGACCCCGCAGACUGGUCUGCUCCAUUCAUCGACGAUAUUGUCGAAUACGAACACAUGCACCUCUCUGUCACAAUCAAAGAAGCCGACCAACUAUUGAAGAGGAGUCAAACGGGAAUCAAUGUUAGUGUUGGCGAGCUUACAGAAGCCAUUGAAAAGAUUGAAGCCGAAAAGAAGUCGAUUGUCUCUGGACAUCGAAAGUCGGCACAGAGUACACCACCAACUCCUGAUGCUGAAGUAUCGCAACCUGAUGGCAAUGGGACCAUACAAAUUCCGAGGUCUCCUGAUGGUGGAACUGCAUUUGGUCGAGCUGGUGUGAAGCUGUCACCGGAACAGCCAGCUUCGACAUUAUCAAAAUAA